AUGUCUGCAAGUGUGGCUAUAGGCUAUUUGAUGUCAAACGUAAAGCUCAGCUGGAAAACCAGGCUCAGGCAAAUAUCAAGAGAUCAGAAAAGAAAAAAACAUAUACCUGUUGUACAUGAUGAGUUGCAUAAAAGUGUGCAAGAUUUACAACACCAAAAGAAAUUGAAGGAGAUUGAAGAGGAGAUAACAAGGCUUCGAGCAAUUUAUAAUUCCCAAAAUAACAACCCAAAAAGGCGGACAAUUAUGUACACUGGCACUUCGUCUAGAAAAAGCAGAGCUUUAGGCACACCAUCAAAUCCUUUCCCUUGCAGUCAUGAAGUAAUGAAGCCUCCAGUUUCUGUUGUAGACGUUAUACCCCAAAAUAUCAAUG